AUGUCGAGUCUAACGCCCCGUGUCGACCCUCAGCAGCUAGGCCAGCUUUCGUCGCCCGUUUUCCGCAUAAUAGGUCAAGUCACAGCGCAGCCGCAACGCGACCAGAUUAUCAUAGCAAGUCCGACCACAGGUGGUGAAAUGGUGAGUCUCACAAACGUGCGGACCUCUACGAGUGUGAACUACGAGCUGCAGGAGUGGUACGAGUUCGUGUGUCGCAGCAACGAUUCUGGCGACGUGGGAUUCCUGGUGCUGGAUUCUGUCAAAUGCGUGUUUCCGCCUGGUGAAACGAUAAGCAUAGCCGGGGUGGUGGCACUCCAGCAACUUGCACCCAAGUUUCCGGAAUUAACUUAG